UGUGAAUGGUAUUACAUAUGUCGUUUUUCGCCUGAAAUGCGACUAUGUUUAAAAUCUAUUACAUUUUUUGGUAUUAUGUAUGCCGUUUUUUAACGAGAAAUUCGACAGAAACAGUCGUAGAGAAUUUUUCAAGUGACAAGAUUAAAAAUUACAAAAACUGAAUAAAAAUAAUUAGAAAAAUGAAUAACAGCAAAACGAUAAAGAAAACGACACCAAAACAAUUUGAAGCUCUUGUGGAUUUUAUGUGUCAAAACCCAAAUAUAGCUAAAGGAUACCAUAAAAACACAGACAAGUUGUCCAUUAAAGAGCAGUGGAAUAAUUUGCAAAGGAAGCUGAAUAGUUUAGGCCCUCCCACACGUGAGGCUGAAGGUUGGAUGAAGGUAUGGGCAGAUAUGAAGAGCAGCGUUAAGAAGAAAAUCGUGCACAAUAAGAUGGAAAGCCGUGCAACUGGUGGAGGCAUUUUCAACCAGAAGUUGUUGACACCUUUGGAGGAGGCAGUAGCAGGACUACUGCAAAUCAAUUCUAUUGUAAGUCCAGAAUGCCCAUCCAUCGGUGUUCAAAGCUCAAAGCGGUGGAUUUCAAAUUCACUAUGA